AUGUACUUGUUGCUUCAAUCAACCAUUAGCGUUCUGCAAUCAGCUGCAAUGUAGAAAUGCUCAACCAUUAUUUGGAGCUGUUGAUAAUACAACUUGUAUUUGCUAUAUGCCAUCACAUUAUCCUUACAGUAUUUGUACUCAGCACACAAGACUUACAUAUGAUGAUGAGCUCACUUUGUCGACUAGUACAAAUAUUGAAUUACAAGGGCAUUAUCUCAAGUAUCCCGUACAUCAGUACAGAGAUUCAUCAACUAUAACUAAAUUUUAUGGCAUACAAAUCACUCCCGCCUUGGCUGUUAUCAGCAUUUUAGGCAUGUUAGGCAUAAUUAUGCUGUUGACAACGAUAUUACUCGUUGCACGCGCUUGUCGAACACAUCGUGAACAUCACAAUCGUGAAACGAAACGUGAAUUGGCACAAUCAAUUUUGCUUGAACAACGAGCAGAAGAUGAAAAAUACCUACCAUAG